AUGUCAUCAAGUGAAGAAGAUGAUUUGUUAUUAGCUGCUUCAAGUUUUGUACUCAUGAAAGCAUUUAUAAAAAAAACAUCAAAGACAAAAAGAAAACGUCGCUGGUGGAUGACUUCAUUGUACAGAAACAGAGGAUUGUAUAGUGGAACUAUGUUGCUAAACGACCUACAAAAAGAAGAUGGUGAUCACUUUAAAAAAUGUUGUAGAAUGUCGUACGAAACAUUUAACCAAUUACUCACUUUAGUUGAGCCUAAAAUUCGAAAAGAAGAUACGAAGUUUCGAAAAGCUAUACCCUCUAAUGAACGGCUGGCAUUAACAUUAAGAUACUUGGCGUCAGGUGAUUCAUUUGCAAGCUUAUCAUUGGUUUUUAAAAUUUCAAAAUCAUCAAUAUCCCAUAUUAUACCAGAAGUCUGUACAGCUAUAAUUGAGGUUCUACAAGACUACAUACAGAUACCUAAGACCCAAGAAGAGAGGUUGAGCGUUGGAAAAAAGUAUGAAGAUUUAUGGAAUUUCCCCCAUUGCAUUGGUGCAAUUGAUGGGAAACAUGUACAACUACAAGCACCAAUUGGUAGUGGAAGUAAUUUUUUCAAUUACAAAUCAACUUUCAGUAUUGUAUUGAUGGCAGUUGUUGAUGCCGAUUACAAUUUUUUGUGUGCUGAUGUCGGUUGCCAGGGCCGAAUAUCGGACGGUGGAAUUUUUCGAAAUAUAUCAUUUUUUAAUCAACUUGAAGAACAAAAGCUAGAAAUUCCACCAGCAGAAAAAUUAAUUGGACGGGAAAAGGCCGUACCAUAUGUAUUUGUAGCGGAUGAGGCAUUUCCGUUAAAAGAGAACAUACUAAGACCUUACCCCGGCUCUCAUGAAAAGGGAUCGGCAAAAGAAUUUUUAACUACCGUUUAUCUAGAGCCCGACGAGUUGUUGAAAAUGUUUUUGGUAUUCUAUCUGCCGUAUUUAGGGUAUUUAGAAAACCUAUGCUACUUGAACCCAAAUUGUUACAACAAAUGUAAAGGAAUAGAACCUGAAGUUGAAGUUGUUGGAUAUAGUGAAGAUGACUGA